AUGUACCAGCGAAAUAAUAACUCAAACCCAAGACUUGCAUCGGCCCUGGGCGGCCCUUAUGCCAGCAGCUCUCGAAAUAUUCUGAGAUCCAGAGGCGGUUCGCUGCAACACCUUCACCAAGACCUCUCCAUGUAUAAUGCACACGACUAUGCGCCGCUAGGCCCACAACUAGUGCUGCAACACGCUCAUGCCCAUGCCCAUGUGCCUGCUCACGCGCCCUACUACUUGUAUCCGGGCCUGAUACCCAUGACUCCAGCAGAGUUCCCAUUCACACCCAUGCUUCCAUCCAAUUUGUUGGCCACGCCGUCUCCGUACAUGGGCCAUGCGACAUUUCUCCCGCUGCAGCCUCCUCUGCCACGCCAUAAUUCUCAUCUGUCGCGUGCGUUUCCCGUGUACCAGCCGCCCCAUGGAUACGCCAGCCCCGCCAUGGGCUCAGCCCCACCUUUCCUACGGGCCCAUUCUCUGCCGGUGUUGCCAUAUUUGGCCCAACAUGCAUCGAACCAUAAUAGCAUCGAACACUUAAAAUUGUCGCGAACGGUCAUGUUGCGCUUCAUCAGCAAAGAUGUCUCCUUGUCAGAUCUUUUGGAUGCCAUAGACGUCGGUCCUAUCGAGUACUGUAAAAUGUUCAGUGUUCCUUGUCCCGCAUGGCUCAAACCACAAGACGAAGUCAAGUCCUGUAGCAUUUCAUUUGUCAAUACCCAGAUCUCCCUUUAUUUCGUCCAGAAAUACGCAAAGAACCACAGCAACUUGCGUCUUCUCCGAGAAAAAUUGCACAACUCAAAACACCUCCAGAUCUCUCUCAAUGAGUCGGUGGGAAGCAAUAUAAACAACCAGGAUCUCAUCAAGGUGAAGACUCUCAACUAUAUUCACGAAUUCAAUGCUUCCAGAGCACUUCUGUUCGCCAUUUCUAAAGAUGACGAUGCUGCUUCCCAAGAAAUUUUGGAGGACAACAUCCGUGCAAAGUGCUCUCGCUUUGGUGAGAUUGAACAUUUGAGUCUCGUGCCUGGAGACGCAGAGAUUGAGGUUACUCUUCACUUCACCUCAAUUGACUCCUCGAUUAAAGCAUACGAACACAUCAAAAAACGGUUGACUCCCAGUAUAAAGGAAGACAAAACAGAAGACUUGAAGUUUAUCUCCGUAGACUUCGCCCAGGAUCGUUGCGAUCGUCUGGACAUUCAUUCCGAACAUCUUCAAAGAAAGAGCGCUCCCACUUCACAUUCUGUAUCUUCCACUUCUCUCGCUAAUCAUUCAUACGUGAAGAAACGUCUGACUCGCUCAAGAUCUCACCUGUCGGAGAUGCCAGACGAUUCAUACGCCGAGACCGUCGAUUCUGCACAUUCCAGUCAUUCAGGAGGACAAAGAAGCUCGAGCUCCAAAGGCCUUGCUUCUGUGAGUGAAACUCUCGAAAAUUAUGCUCUGCAGGGCAUCGAUGGUUCUACAGCAUUGGACUCCUUCGUUCGUGACGAUGACUUGGUAUCCGUUUCCUCAAGCAACUCCGAGGGCCUUCUCAAUUCAUUGCACGGGGACUUAAACGACCCAUUCACCAAAAGCACUUCUUAUCUGUAUUUGGCGCGGCUGGCUGCGUCGCUUUCUUCUCUCAACUAUGAGGGUUCCAAUCACCACAGCAGUGCCAGUGGUGCUGGAGCUCCAGUAGUCCCUUUCGUGCAACAUCCCCAAUUAGAUCCUGCUAAUGCACAAAAUAGAACUCUCUUUUUGGGAAACUUGCAUCCAAGUACCACAGUUGAGGAAAUUGCUAAUAAUGUUCGCGCUGGUGGUUUGGUCGAGUGGAUUAAAUCCUACCCCGGCAAAAGAAUCUGCUUUAUUACUUUCAUAGACCCUGCUGCCGCCCUCAAGUUCUUCAUGAUGCACCAGGUGUAUCAUCAGUUGGUUAUUCAUGGCAAUGAGGUAUGUGUCAAAUGGGGAAAGAAUCACUCUGGACCUUUGAAUCGUGACAUUGCUUUGGCGGUGACUGCUGGUGCCUCCAGAAACGUAUACAUUGGAUACAGAAAAGGCAAGGACCGUAGCACCGGAGUGGUGAUGCCAGACGAAGACGAACUUCGUCGUGAUUUCGCUCGUUUCGGUGAGAUUGAACAAGUCAACUUCUAUCAUAAAAAAAAUUGUGGAUUUGUCAAUUUUCUCAACAUUGCAGACGCAAUUGAACUUGUUGACAACUUCAAGUCAGGCGAUGAAGGGAAAAUAACUCAACGUAUUGGCGAUUCUGGCGAUUUCUUCAGAAAGUACAGUCAGUUUAACAUCAGUUUUGGUAAAGACAGAUGUGGAAAUCCCUUGAAAUUUAGUUUCAAGAAAAGAGAUCCGCAGAGUGUUGGUGAAGAUCCCGAUUCUGCAUCUGGCCCUGCUGCCCGAUCUGGCAGUCCAGAUCGUCUCGAAUCAAUUGAUCAAGAAGCGGCAAUGGUCUUUGGUAUUCUGACUGAUGCACCCUCUGAGGAGACUGACGGAGCAGAUGAUACAAAAGAGAGUAUUAAGACUCCGAAGAAAGCCGGUAAGUACGAGAGACACUAUGUGACCUCUGACACUGAUGUGUUCUACUCUGCUCAAAAGUUUGGGCCGGGACAUCAGAAAUUCAAACCUCUUGACAGUGGUAGAGUUGGAGCAUUUGAGAAUGCAUCUCAGCCUGAGAGGGAUGAGCAUGAAGUCAGUGAUCUCACUGUUACAGACAAUGACUUGGACGUCCUGUCAGAUGACGAAGGAAGCGUCCUUGAAGAUGAGGAUAUUUCCAUUAUCAUCGGCACAGGCAGCCCCAAGAAACACAAGCCAAAAAAAAUGUAUCGCCACGAAAAAGUAUUCCACAACAAACUGGGCUAUUUCGAUGAUAUUCGAGACGCCCCGAUUUCUUCUGCAAUCUAUGGCCAGUUUGCCCCUCCUAUUGACCACCGUCAUCACCAUUACCCAGUCCAACAUGCGGCCUAUCCUCCCUCAGAGAGAAUGAUGCCCGGUCGCUCAUUCUCAGCGGAUUUCAGACCCCCAUCAAGCCACCGCAGCUUUUCAUCUGGAUCCCAGGUCAUGGCAGACUACUUAGCUAAGUCUAACCAGGACCAGGUCCUCUACUCAUCAUUAUACUCGAACCCUAAUCACAUGCAUAUGGAUACUCAUGGCGAGCGCAGAAGACCAACUAAACGUUCGUCAAAGGCAGAACCUGGGCAUUAA